AGCGAGCAAAGACACCGCGUCUUUACCUUAAGCAAGACACCAUGGCGACCGAACCACCGCCUCAUUCUCCCCUACCCCUCCCGACCAUCCAAUCUGCCCUCCUCAACUCCGUCCUCUCGACUCACGCCUCCAAACUGCGCCUCGAUUACUCUGCAUCAAUUCUUGUCUCCAACACCUCUCUCGCCGCCUCACUCGCCCAAUGGCUAGCCGACGAGAAACGCGACAUGCCGCACAGCAUCGUGGCCGUCUCACCAUCAAGUCAAAGCGAGAGCGGUAUUCCGGCUGAUCUCGCCAAAGCCGCCUCCAUUUCGGUCGUAGAAUCCGCGCCGGACGAUGUCUUCACGCACGCUUUCGCACAUGUUGAGGAUGGGAGCGAUCGUGAUGCGGUGCUGUGGGCGUUGAAGCGGUGCUUUUACGGGUUGAUCCCGAAGGGAAUCGCGAUUGUGUCGAUUGUCACUAAG